AUGCCCACAAUUAUAGUUACUGCUGCAGGAAACACGGCCGAGAAAUCAACAGCAGGAAAGCAUGGCGGUACUACGACGACUGUUACUACUACUUCCGCGGUUACGAAAGAAACUACAGCUACUAAAGAGAAUACCAGUCAUCAUCAUCGUAUUUCAAGAGUAUCGCGACGCUCAUUACGAAAGUCGGUAGGUAGUGAGAAAUCAAUUUUGUUCUCUUCUGUUAUAGCUGAUACUGCUGGCACUACUACCAGUGCUCAAUUAACACGAGAAAUGGGCUAUAGUACAAUUACUACCACUAAUUUAGUGAAUGAAACAACGACUAAUCAUCUACAGCCAACACCGCAAAAUCAUCAUACUUCUAUUACAAGAGUAUCUAGACGAUCAUCGAUCUCAAUACGAAAGUCGAUGGAGGAGGAUGUAGCUGCUACGCCAAUUACCACAACACCAACAAAAUUAAAUGAUAUUAUACUGUUAAGUAAUAAUAAUGAGUUAACAUAUGGUGUUGGUACACCACCAGCACUACGAGGAACUCCAGCAGCAACAGCAGGAGGAGCAGAAAGAGACAAAAAUUAUUCAAACCAGAAUUCUAAAACAAAAUUAUCAUCAGAGUCAGCAUCAUCAAAAGAGUUGAAAAAGAAAGUUUUACGAGACCGUCUCAAAGAUAACGAUAAAGUUAAAAACCAAGCAACAAAAAACAUCCGACGGUUAUUCAAAUCAUCUACAUUGUGUUGUUGUGCUACAAUCACUGGAUUAUUAGUAGCUGGAUUAAUAGGGGCCGUUGCAGCAGUAAUAACCUUAGCACGUCCAGCAGCAGCUUCAACAAUGACCACAACUAUAGCGCCUACUUUAACUAUUACAACAAACACAACUAUAGCGCCUACUUUGACUAUUACAGCAAACACAACUACUACAACAGGAAGUACUUCGCCGGCGACAGCGGCUACUACCACCAGUUCAACCAUUACUAUCACCACAAGUACCACAUCGACGACAACGAUAAGAACAACAACGACCUCUACUACCACUACAAGUACCACAAGCACCACUCUAACAUCAACAUCAACUACGUCUGCGACAACAACGACAACCUGUAGUCCUGUAUUCUCCAAUUCAAAUUUAGUUGCCUAUUUUCCGUUGGAUUCAUCACCAUCCUAUCUGACUGAUGCGAGUGCAAGUUUAACAGCAACGGCUAAUGGAGUAACUGUUGUAGCAGGUGAACGUAAUCAGUCAUUAUCAUUCACAGGCGUUAUCGAUUCAUAUUUUCAAGUUUCGGGACUUACGUCACUUGGUACGCCAAAUACACCAUUUUCAAUUUCCCUAUAUAUCAAUCCAAACGCUUUGGCCGGUACAAUUGUACACAUAUCACAGCUUCAGAGUGGUACAGGCGCUUGGUGUCUCCCGUUCAUUGGUUUUGCUUCAACACAACAACUUGCCGUACAAAUUUGGGGUGGUUCAACAGCUGACUAUGCACUUGGACCUAUACCACCGGUGAAUUCGUGGACACAUGUUGUACAAACGUGGAGCACCAGUUCCGGUCUAAACAUCUAUAUCAAUGGUUCUUUAUAUGGUACGAAUUCUGGUGCUACAGCCUAUGGUGCAAGCGGUGUUGACGAUUUUCUAACACUUGCCAGUACAUUGCAAGCAAUCCCAUAUCCAGCUAACGGUUGUUCAACAACAGGUGUUUUAGGUGGAUUAGGGUAUUACAAUGGAUAUGUAGAUGAAUUGAGGAUUUAUAGUAGAGAACUGACAGCUUUGGAGAUUAUAGUAGUAGGCGCGGAUAAGGGAGGAAAAGUUGUAGCGUUAGAUGUAGAAGAAUAUAAGACAAAGAUUAAAGCAAAACUAAGCACCAAUACGUAUGAGAUUGUCAGAUCUAAACCAGAUCCAGCUAAGAAAAUACAUGAAGAGCUAAGCGAAUUAGUGAAAAGUUUGAAAAAAGUUAAAGCUAUUUCAAAUCGUCAAGGAAAGAUAUUUUUAAAACAAAAACAAUUACCCAUGGUAAGAGCAAAGAUAAAAGUGCACAAGGAAGGUUAUCCUGUAAGACUGAUAAUUGCUAUGCGAAAUACUAUUGGUUCAAAACUAGCAAAGUUUAUUACAAGAGCCUUGAGUAAAAUAAGCAAUAAAAUGAGAUCUAUUAAGAAUACAAAGGAUUUUAUUCAGAAGUUAAGUGAAAUAGAGGUGAAUAAAAAUACAACACUAGCUAGCUUAGAUGUUGUAGAUUUGUUUAC